AUGCUUUCUCGUGUUGCUAGACUUCAGGUGAGUAGCAACGCUUUUUAUCCAUAAAAAUCGGGUCUUCAGUCAAAAUGCGGCCAAGCGGCGUUCAGCACAACUCGCGCAGUUCCAGCUCCUCCAGUGAGAUUUUAAACAAGAAGUUCUUUUCAAUCUUCUAUUCAGACUGUAAAACUGUGGCUUGAUGGUCAGUUGGUCGAUUCAAAGACUACCGAUUUUGUCGAGCUCACAAACCCGGUAAGAAAAUGAAUUAUAAAGAAAUUGAAAGUAUUUUUGAGGCCACAAACGAAGUGAUCGGAUUGGUUCCCAACGCGACACAGUCUGAAAUGCAAGCCGCGGUCGACUCCGCCAAGAAAGCCUUUGAGACAUGGGGCAAGACGUGAAUGAACUGCAAUGAAUCGAAAUUCAUGGACGCUUUUUAGGUCUCCCUUGACGCGCCAACAGACUAUGUUCAAGCUGCAGGCUCUGAUCAAGCGCGACAUGCGAAAACUCGCCGAGAACAUUACACAGGAGCAGGGCAAAACGAUCCCAGACGCAGAGGGCGAUGUCAGCCGCGGACUUCAGGUCUUGAAAUAGUUACACGAAAAAGAACUUUUUUGAGCCCUCUUCAACCGAAUCUCGAGUCAGCGGGUCUCGUGGAUAAAAUGAAACAGUUGAAAGCCAAAAAGUCAAAAUAUUUACAAAUAGCCACACAUGCGACAUUGAUAAGCUUCAAGAUAUGUUUUGAAAUUCCCACUUAUUGAGCGAUUUUUAUGAGGGGAACCCAACGUAUCAACUUCUUUUCAAACUCCUUCUUCCAUAAUCCGAUUUUUAAUUAUUUCAUAAGAUUGGUAGUUUUCAGAUGAAUAAUCUAUUUCUUGACGCGAUCCGCUAGCUUUGAGUUCAAUCAGUAGUUUCUUAGACAGCUUUGGAAACUAACUAGUUUUUUUCAAAGAAAAAAAUGAUUUUUAAAUUGAUAAAAAAAGACACAAUAACUCGAAAAUCUAGUGUAAGAACGAUUAUCUUGAAAAAUUUGAAGAAAAAAAGGAAGACAAAGAAAUAUUUCAGUAAACAAAAAAAGAGGUUAAAGAAAAAAACAGCAAAGAAAAAGAAAAAAAUCUUAAACUUUUUUUAAUGAUAAAAAGUUUUUUUCAGUUCUGGAAACAGUAGUCAAAGGAAGUUUUAGUUUGAAAGUUGUCUUUCAUCUUGUAUUUGGAAGUUUCGAAAAAGUUGGAAUUUUUUUGAAAAAUUAUGCGAACUUCAAAAAAAUUUCUGAAAUUUUUUUUUGCAAAAAUCUAAAAAAACUUUAGAAAAAUUCAUUUUUUUCAAAUAUUCUUCAAUUUUUUUCAUGUGCGUUCAGAUAUAAGUGUUUCUGAUCAUUGGAAAUCUAUAGUCUAUCCUUUUAAAUGGGAUUUAAAGUUGUUUGACUCUGAAAAAGUUUAUCAAGGUCAAUGAUUUGUUGAGGUGGUGGAACACGCAGCCUCGGUGCCUUCCCUGAUGCUCGGAGAGGCGCUCCCGAACGUCUCCCGUGACAUGGACACCAUCUCCUACCGCGUUCCUCUCGGAGUCACCGCCGGAAUCUGUCCGUUCAACUUCCCUGCCAUGAUCCCUCUGUGGAUGUUCCCUCUCGCGUUGGCCACCGGUAACACGAUGGUCCUGAAGCCGUCGGAGCAGGACCCCGGAGCAGCUCUGCACCUCGUCCAGCUCGCCAAGGUCCGUUUGAAGGUCUGAACUCUCGCCAAGAAUGUCUCUUCACAGGAGGCCGGCGUUCCUGACGGCUGUGUCAACGUCAUACACGGCCAACACUCCGCCGUCAACUUCAUUUGUGACAACCCGGACAUCAAGGCCAUUUCCUUUGUCGGUGGAGACUCUGCUGUGAGUUCUUUUGGAGCGCCGUUCUGGAACAGACGGAGUUUUUCAGGGUAAGCACAUCUACGAGCGAGGAGCCAAGAACGGCAAAAGAGUUCAGUCGAACAUGGGAGCCAAGAACCACGGCGUCAUCAUGCCGGACGCUGGCAAGGAACAAACUCUCAACCAGGUUAAUUUUUAUGCUUUUGAAUCAUAUUCAAGGUCGUCAGCUCUCUUUUUCUAAAGGAAAAUAUUUUUCGGAGAUUUUUUGCCACAUUUGCUUUGACUCCGAACGUUUGGAAAAGUUUUCUCAAAGUCAAAGUCUAGUUGAAAAUUUUCCAGAGGAGCAUUUAGCGAAUUAACGAACUCACGAGUUCAUAAUUUAUGAAAGUAUUUUAAGCUUUGAAAAAAAAAACGAGUGUCCUCAAAGUUUUUUUUCUUGCAGAAAAGUAAUUUCUGCGAAGGAUAUGAAUUUCGUAGUCCUCUCAAACAUUCUUCGGUCCGAGAGUCUAAAUUUUCUAGUCAAUCUCCUCCAAAACUUUAUUUAUGAAAACGUCAACCUUUUUAGUUGAAGGCAUUUGAAAAAUGCUUUUUUUUUUCAAAAAAAUAUUAUCAUUUGGUCGCCUAAAAUUUUAGAAAUUAACAGCAAAUGAUAACGAUUUCCUAACGCAUGCAAAAUAUAUCUUCGUGGCCAUAUAUUUAUCACUUUGAUCUCACCUUUUUGAAUGUGAAUUUUUCUAUCAUUCAGAAACGUAUGAUUAUGAAUAAGAACUUAAAUUUACUUCAAUCUGCGAGUUUUAAAUUUUGUCAACUGAAAGAAACUUUUUAGCUGACCGCUGCUGCUUUCGGCGCCGCCGGUCAACGAUGCAUGGCCCUGACGACGGCUGUUUUCGUCGGCGAGGCUCGCGCUUGGCUUCCCGAACUCGUCGAGAAGGUGAAGAACCUCAAGGUGAACGCCGGCUGGAAGAACGACACAGACAUCGGACCUCUGAUCUCCAAGGCGGCCAAGGCCCGCUGCGUUGGACUCAUCCAAGGAGCCAAGAAGGUGGCUAUCUGAUCGUUGUCCACGAUAAUUUCCUACUUGAUUCAGGAAGGCGCCGAAGUUCCACUCGACGGCAGCGAGUGCGUCGUGCCUGGCUUCGAGAACGGCAACUUUGUCGGACCGACCAUCAUCUCAAAAGUCAAACCUCACAUGACCUGCUACAAGGAGGAAAUCUUCGGCCCAGUCCUCGUCGCCAUGGAGGCCAAGGAUUUGAACGAAGCCAUCGAAAUCAUCAACAAAAACCCCUACGGCAACGGAACCGCCAUCUUUACCACCAACGGCGCCACCGCUAGAAAGUUUGUUUGAAGCUUUUUUCCGCCUGUACCCAAAUGGGGAAAAAUUUGAAAGUAAAGAAAUCGGUCAAUUUGCAGAUUCUCGAACGAGGUCGAUGUCGGUCAGAUCGGAAUCAACGUCCCCAUUCCUGUUCCUCUGCCAAUGUUCUCCUUCACAGGCUCCCGCGGCUCAUUCCACGGUGAUCUCAACUUUUACGGAAAGGUACUACUCCUGCGAGAAAUGAGCCGAACAACAUGUUUAUUUUUCAGGCUGGUAUCAACUUCUACACGCAGUGGAAAACUAUCACGCAAUACUGGAACGAAACUUUGACCGAGUUGAAACCCCAAAUGUCAUUCCCUCAGCUCAAAUAG